AGUCUGAUCAGUGUUUCGCUCUGCUUCUUGCUAUGUGGAUUAAAGCUCCCACUGCUUACUGGAUUGGAAACAUACAUUUAACAAGCACUGGGGAUUUGUACCGGAGUUUUUAGAUUUUGUUGUUAGAUGGACUUUUUUUUUUAAGUUAAUUUGGACAGUUGUAGAUGAGUAUGGAGAUGAAUGGUCGCGCCCUGCCACCGUCAAUACCUGAGGAUGCAGAAGCCCCGGACCAUGUUCCUCACGGGGGGAUUAACGGUUACCACCAGAGGCUUCAGGGUGGUGACGGGGGAGAGGCUGAGGUCCCAGUGUCCAAAUCCCAGAGACGAAAGAGCGAUGUUAAAGUCUAUAAGGAGUUUUGUGAUUUCUAUGCUCGCUUCAACAUGGCCAACGCUCUGGCCAAUGCCAUGUGUGAGCGCUGCAAGAGUGGCUUCGCCCCGGCUGAGAAGAUAGUGAACAGCAACGGGGAACUCUACCACGAGCAGUGCUUUGUGUGCGCCCAGUGUUUCCAGCAGUUCCCAGAGGGACUCUUCUAUGAGUUUGAAGGCAGGAAAUACUGUGAACAUGACUUCCAGAUGCUGUUUGCUCCCUGCUGCCACCAGUGUGGUGAGUUCAUCAUUGGCCGUGUGAUCAAGGCUAUGAACAACAGUUGGCAUCCAGACUGUUUCUGCUGUGAUCUCUGCCAGGCGGUGCUCGCUGAUGUUGGAUUUGUUAAGAAUGCUGGAAGGCACCUGUGUCGUCCAUGUCACAACAGAGAGAAAGCUCGGGGCCUCGGCAAGUACGUCUGCCAGAAGUGUCACGCCAUUAUCGAGGAGCAGCCUCUGCUGUUCAAGAAUGACCCCUACCACCCCGAUCACUUCAACUGCAACAACUGCGGUAAGGAGCUGACGGCUGAUGCCAGGGAGCUGAAGGGAGAGCUCUACUGUCUGCCCUGCCAUGACAAGAUGGGUGUCCCCAUCUGCGGGGCCUGUAGGAGACCCAUCGAGGGCCGUGUGGUUAAUGCCAUGGGCAAGCAGUGGCACGUUGAGCAUCAUGUGUGCACUGUGUGUGAGCGGCCCUUUCAGGGCCACCCAUUUUAUGAGCGAGGUGGUCGUGCCUAUUGUGAGAGACACUUUGACAUGCUGUUUGGAGAUGUUUGCUACCACUGCAAUCGUGUUAUUGAAGGAGAUGUGGUGUCUGCCCUCAACAAGGCUUGGUGUGUCAACUGUUUUGCCUGCUCUACCUGCAACACCAAGCUCACCCUCAAGGAUAAGUUUGUGGAGGUGGAUCUAAAGCCGGUGUGUAAGCACUGCUACGAACGCCUGCCGGACGACAUGAAACGCCGGCUGGCCAAACGUGAACGCGACUCUAAAGAGAAGAAGAAGAAAUUAUUGAUACCCAUGUGUCUGUGAUCCUCUUUCUCCUUUCUCCUCACUUCCACUGUUCUUCCUUUGGAACAAGUUCGUGGAGUUUGACAUGAAGCCAGUGUGCAAGAAGUGCUACGAGAAAUUCCCUCUGGAGCUGAAGAAGAGGCUGAAGAAGCUGUCUGAAACUGUGGCCCGGAAGUAAACACACAGUUAACAGCUGGAGGGGGGAAAUAGACGAGGCCCCACGGUGGCCGUGCAAGUCACAUUUCCAGAAUUGACAAUCGUUUAAGAUAGCAAUAGUGUGUUUUUAUAUAACUGGUAUGUUAAAUUUAGGAUUUCAGUUGCAGAGGAUCAUUUCAUGGAGCCUGAGACUGAUUGUUGGUCAGUCAGUGGGGUUAACAUUAACCUGUUCAGUGCCUUUUGGCUCAAAUACUGCACUGUAUAUUUCUCACAUGCUUGCCUUAGUUCACUAUAUAUAUUAAACCUGUAUUAACACAGAUGAUGAUGGUCCUGUGUUGUCAAAAUGACACAAGCUUUAAGAGAAUUAUUAAAAAAGAACUCAUGUUACUGAUACUCUUGUAUAAUAAUGGAGUAAAGCCAAAGAAUGUGUAUAUAAUAUCUCUUUCCACCAACAUGUCUGUGUAUUAUUGAUGUGUAUUUCCUUUAAUAUUAUGCAAAGUAAGUUUGUAUUUAGCUCUAUAGCAUUUAAAUUUCUAGAGUUUAUUGACAUCAUACUGUAUCCUCAUCAAUGCUACAGUGAUGGACUCAACCAUCACCUGCAUUAUGUUGGAUUGCCUUGUUAUAUGGUAUGAAUUGUAUGUGUGAAACAGCCUCUUUAUAAACUGGUGUUUACGCUAAGUUACCAGCUUAUUAGGUUCACAAUAAAUCCCACAUUUGUAUCGUUCAAUUUGUGUUUCAUCUACUAUUAGUUUCACCUUUCAAAGUAGUCCAAUUCAACAUCAUGUAUACAUCUUAAAGCUGACGGGGUGUGAAGCAACACCUCUGUCACGCUGUCAACAAAUACUGAACAUAAUAAGCUUCACAGUAACAGGAUUUAUUGUGUAGCAGCUGGUAACUCUGUGUGCAUUACUACAUGAUGGCUGGUGGCAUGUGCAGAGACCGGAUGUGGGGAGUAAAGUUAGAUGUUAGAGAACAUGUCUCUGCUGUUUGUAAUCCAGAGAAAGUGAUCCUCUUAGAGAGGUGUACCGACUUCCUCGGGGCUCAGACCCUCUUAGGAAAGAAAGCCAACUGUUGUGAAUGGGAAAGAAUAAUUUCCGCUCUGAAAAUGUUUCACUUGCGCAGUAUUUUGACGUAGAUCGCUUAUCUUUUACAUAGUAGUUUAGAAAGAACACAUUCCGCUGUUUUAUGGAAAUACAAAACCUAUGUUACUGGUAUGAAUGUCACUGCCUAUGCCACAACAUUUAUCAAAUGUCACGUCGAAGUAAAACUAUCCACUGGACUGACUAAAAAUAGUCCAGUGGAUAGUUUUAUUUGAUAUCAUACUACCUGGGAGACGGUACUGACUCCACACCGACAGACUUUGCUCUUAUAUACUGUAUUUUAUCUCCACAAUGUUUGUCAAGAGACAAUAUUAUAUCACGUAAACACACCAAAGUGCAUGUUGAAGACUUGAAUCUAAGACAGUGCAUUGGAAUAAACAUGUAUGUCAAUGCUA